AUGUUUGGGUUUAAGAAAUCACCAGCAAAGAUUGCUAAGCAAAACUCUGUAGACCCGGGAUUUCAAGCUCCUGCUGAUUCAGAAACUGAUAAGGACACUCAUAAGCCUGCAAGACGAACUUCUUCCGAACCGAUGCUUAUAACCCCGGAUUUUAGUAAAGAAAAGCCUGGUAAAAGAGGGUCUUCGCCUGCUUCCUACAAGAAUGAUUUUCGUGACUCGGGGGGGAUAGAGAACCAGAGUGUGCAAGAGUUGGAGAAAUAUGCUGUGUACAAGGCUGAGGAGACUACACAGAGUGUCAACAACUGCCUCAGGAUUGCUGAGAACAUCAGAGAGGAUGCUACAAAGACCCUUGACAUGUUGCAUGCGCAGGGUGAGCAAAUUACAAGGACCCACAUGGCGGCUGUCGAUAUAGAUAAGGAUUUGAGUCGGGGUGAGAAGCUUUUAAAUAAUCUUGGGGGUAUGUUCGCAAUGCCUUGGAAGGCAAAGAAGGGGAAGGAUAUUUCUGGGCCUGAUUUUUCAGCAGCUUCUGCACCCACAAAAAGUGACCCCCAUCAGAGGGAAAAGUUGGGUUUAGCUCCCAUACCCAAAGGAAGGUCGGCUCCUGCGACACCUCCUCCUGAUGGAUCAGGUGCCUUGCAGCAAGUUGAGUAUGAGAAGGCAAAGCAAGAUGAUGCUCUUUCAGACCUGAGUAAUAUUUUGGGUGAUUUGAAGGGUAUGGCUGUGGACAUGGGAAGUGAACUUGACAGGCAAAACAAAACUAUCGAUCAUCUCUCUGACGACGUUGAUGAGCUUAACUCUCGAAUGAAAGGUGCCAACCAACGUACACGCCGUCUGCUUGGGAAGUGA